GCUGCGUUCCUGCAGAAAAUGGCGGCGGAGUCCGAAGUGGGCGGAACAGGAGCGGGGGAAACCCUGCCGUCUGUCGGCGACCCGGAGUUGGACGGGCUCGUACGGCAGUGGAUGGGGUGGGACAAGACUGAGGCUACCCGAGGGGUUCUGAAGCAGCUGGUCCUUGACAAGAAUGUGGAAGAAAUACGAAGCAGGCUCGGCCAGCGAAUGGCAUUUGGAACUGCAGGUCUGCGGUCCAGGAUGGGAAUGGGUUUUUCCCAGAUGAAUGACCUCACCAUUAUACAAACAGCACAGGGUUUUCUGCGAUACCUGCAGAAGACGUUUCCUGAUUUGCAGAAAACAGGGAUUGUCAUUGGUUUUGACAGUCGACACAACAGCCAAAGGUUUGCCCAGCUGACUGCAGGGAUUUUCUUGCACGCUGAGGUUCCAGUCUUUCUUUUCUCCAAGAUCUGUCCAACUCCCUAUGUGCCUUACAGUGUUCUCCAUCUUGGAUGUUCUGCUGGCGUCAUGGUUACAGCCUCGCACAACCCGAAGGAGGACAACGGAUACAAGGUUUACUGGAACAACGGGUCACAGAUCACCUCCCCCCAUGACAAGGGCAUCGCCAGUUCCAUCAGUGCCAACCUGGAGCCCUGGCAGACAUCCUGGGACGUGUCUGUCUGUGAGCAGAGUCCGCUGUGUCAGGACCCUAUGGACAGGAUCACCAAGGCUUAUUAUCAGGACCUACAGAACUACUGUUGCCAUAGGGAAAACAACCAGCAGACAAGUGUGAAGUUCACAUACACAGCCAUGCACGGGGUGGGGUACCAGUUUGAAGUUCAGGCCUUCCAGGCCUUCAGUCUACCCAGCUUCAUACCUGUGGAGGAACAGAUAAAACCAGACCCUGAGUUCCCAACUGUUAAGUUUCCUAACCCUGAGGAGGGCAAAAGUGCACUGGACCUUGCUAUGCAGACUGCGGAGAAACAUGGUAGUUCUGUGAUCCUGGCCAAUGACCCUGAUGCUGACAGGCUGGCUGUGGCUGAGAGACAAAAUGGUUCCUGGAAGGUUUUUACGGGGAAUGAGCUUGGUGCUCUCCUGGGCUGGUGGGCGUGGCAGUGCUGGAGACAGAAGAACCCAGACAAAGAUACCAAAGAUGUAUGGAUGAUAGCCAGCACUGUAUCAUCUAAGAUUCUCAGGGCCAUCGCAAUCAAAGAAUCCUUCAACUUUGAGGAAACACUUACUGGCUUUAAGUGGAUGGGUAACAAAGCUGAUGAGUUGAUGAAGAAGGGACAGACUGUACUGCUUGCUUUUGAAGAGGCCAUAGGGUUUAUGUAUGGCACUAAUGUGCUGGAUAAGGAUGGGAUCAGUGCGUCUGUGGUGAUGGCAGAGAUGACAUGUUGGCUGGCCAGUCAGAAGCUCAGCCUCACACAGCAACUCAACAGGAUCUUUGAAACCUAUGGUUACCACACAUCAGAGAAUUCUUACUACAUCUGCCACGACCCACCGACCAUUACAAAAAUGUUUGACAGGAUGAGAAACUGGGAUGGCAAAACUGGCCAGUACCCCAGUACUUUGGGCCCAUAUAAAAUCAAGAACAUACGAGAUUUGACAGCAGGGUAUGACAACAGCAAGCCAGAUAACAAACCUGUGCUUCCCACCAGCAAGGCGAGUCAGAUGAUCACCUUCAGCUUUGAAAAUGGCUGUGUGGCGACUUUGAGAACAAGUGGGACGGAGCCCAAGAUCAAAUACUACACAGAGAUGUGCCUGCCGCCUGGCACUGGAGGGUCUCCUGAGUCGGUUGCAGCAGAGCUCCAUGCCAUGGUGGAGACCAUGGUCAAGGAACUCCUGCAGCCAGAAGUGAACGGGCUGAUCGCCAGAAGUGGUUAACAAGUCUAACCUGUAGGGGUAAAGAUAGCUAGCUGUCAUCAGCCCAAAAAAAAAAAAAACUGCCAAGCCCAACCGACUUCUUAUCUUAGUGGUUUCUACAUAAAAUUAUAUGUAUAAUCUUGCACAAGGUUAAUUUCUUGGUUCUAAGAUGAAAAAAAGUAGGCUACUGAAGACAGAUUCUUUUUUCUAUGCAUGGUGCUAUGUCUCAGCUUAGCAGCUGUCUCUCAGAGUAUGAAGGAAAAGUCUGUAUAUUGCUACAAACAGUUUCAGGGAGUGAAUGUACUGUAGUCAGAUUUAAGUCUUUCUCCCAGCCCUUUUUUUAUUAUGACCUCUUGCUGAAUAGUUGAUUGAGAACCAUGAUUAGGAGCACUAAAUGCCCUACAGUGUAUGGUUUGAGCAAUGCCAAUGUGAGGAACUCCACAAUACCUGAAGGGGGGAGGGGUGAUAUUGUAUGUGCUGACACCUACCUACCAACAUGCUUUUGUGGAGGGGUUGAUGUGGUCAGGAUUUUCAUUGGAGUGUUUGGUUUACAUGGCUGUAUGCACGUACAUGUAGAUGAACAACAUACCCCCAAGUUUCCACUGUUAACUUACUGCUGUAUUUUUUGGCGAUGUUUUAGGGAGGAGCCUAAUGGUACAGUAUUGUGUGCAAUUCGCAAGAAUUCUAGGAAUGGUACAGGCAUUUUGUCCACAGGAAUGGAAUGUCCACAGGCAUUUCUCUGACCCACAUCUAUGCCCACAUUCCUGGAAACUCUUGGGAAGACCCAGAAGACCUGUCUGCCACGGAUGGCCCUACUUUCUGUGACCCCGGGGCUCGUUCACUAUACACUCGGGGGAAGGAGUGCACUGUAUCUGUCUUGCUCAAAAUCAUGGAACGAUGGCAGUGCCAUGCAAACAAUAACCCUAUCAUGAACCACCGUCGCCAUGGCAAUGUAUGUUUUCAUUGCCAGUCUUGUUUCUUACCAAAAUCAUGCGGUGGCAGGAUAUGUGGAUGGCAUUGUGACAUUGGGUCUAUCUAUGGCAUUGCAUCUAUGACAUUGAUUUCUAUCUUGCUUUACAGCAAUCUUCUUCACUGUUAGCUUUGUAAUUGUUAAAACCCCAGAACUGCUUACAACAUAUGUAAAUGUUGUAUAAUUAGUUCUUACCCCAAAGUGUCAAAUAUUCUCGAAACUUGAUACUAUAAUACAUGUAGGAUUAGCAUGAAAUAAAUGAAUACUUGCAAGCAAUAAUAAUAAUAAUAUUAAAUGAUAUUUUGCACUUAUUAAGGUCAUACCUCGGGUGAUCGUUGUGAAUGAUCUUGUUUCUUGUGUUUUUUUUUUCCUUUUUGUGAACUGCUACCUGCUUACCUUUGUUUUGUUUUGUUUCUACACAAUAUUAGACUAUCUUCUUCCUGGAGAGCUGAAUGUUUUAUAUCCAUUGUGAAACAACAAUGAAGCAAAAAAAUCUUAAAGAGAAAAAAAUUAGUAGCUUUUUCAAUGCGAUACAAAAAUGCAUAUUAAGCGAUGAGAUGGCAAAAUACUAGUAAUUACCUUCAUCUUGCUGAUCAAAAUUUUGCCAUAACUAGACAUUAGAUAUACUUGUCAUUUUACUUGAUGAUUUGGGUAUAAUUGUUACACUGCAUUUAUGUCAGUCCAUCUUAAAUGAGACUUUAAAAUAAAAGAAGAACCUACGUGUCUGUUUCUGUGACAGUUUGGAACUGAUAAACAUGAUUUUGUUCUCGUGAUGACUUGCUGGGUGACUUUUGUACUUACCAAUAAAAGCAAGAAUGAUGGGUUCAGACUUCAA